UCUGUUGUGACUCGGGCAGCCUAUCCCGAGGGUGGGGAGCUGCGGAGGAGCCGGAGCCGAGCGGUACUCUGCAACAUCACGUGCCGGGUGGGGGCUAUAAAAUCCCAGUGCCGGGGCGCCGGGCGGGGGACGUGAGGACCAGCCCUCUCCAGGGACCCCUUUGUUUGUGUCCCAGACACCGACACCUCCGCAUCCCCCAAGGGUUGACUCCCCGCGUCCGCGCUGCUACCGCGGCAGAGCUCAGAACCCAAGAGGGGAGGGGGCGCCGCGGCCGGCCUGACCCUUCAGCCACCAGUCCCUCCGACAUGUCUCGCUCCUUCUAUGUCGACUCGCUCAUCAUCAAGGACUCCUCACGGCCCGCACCCUCGCUUCCUGAACCGCAUCCUGGGCCGGAUUUCUUCAUCCCACUUGGCAUGCCUUCCCCGCUGGUGAUGUCGGUGUCCGGGCCCGGCUGCCCGUCCCGCAAAAGCGGCGCUUUCUGCGUGUGCCCGCUCUGCGUCACUUCGCACCUGCAUUCCUCGCGCGCACCCGCGGGCGCUGGUGGCGGGGGCGCCGGAGCCGGGGGUACAGGGGUCGGGGGCGGCGGGGCGGCAGGAGGCACCGGGGCCCUGCCUCUGCUUAAGAGCCAAUUCUCUUCCGGUCCUGGGGACCCGCAGUUUUGCCCGCGGGUGAGCCACGCGCACCAUCACCACCACCCGCCUCAGCACCACCACCAUCACCACCAGCCCCAGCAACCGGGUUCGGCUGCUGCAGCAGCGGCUGCAGCGGCAGCCGCGGCGGCCGCAGCUGCCUUGGGGCACCCACAGCACCACGCACCUGUCUGUACCGCCACCACCUAUAACGUGGCGGACCCGCGGAGAUUCCACUGCCUCACCAUGGGAGGCUCCGACGCCAGUCAGGUACCCAAUGGCAAGAGGAUGAGAACGGCGUUCACCAGCACGCAGCUUCUGGAGCUGGAGCGGGAAUUCUCCUCCAACAUGUACCUGUCUCGGCUGCGGAGGAUCGAAAUCGCUACGUACCUGAACCUAUCAGAGAAGCAGGUGAAAAUCUGGUUUCAGAACCGCCGCGUGAAGCACAAGAAGGAGGGGAAGGGCACGCAGAGGAACAGUCACGCGAGCUGCAAGUGCGUCGGUAGCCAGGCGCACUAUGCGCGCUCAGAGGAUGAGGACUCCUUGUCUCCAGCCUCUGCUAACGACGACAAGGAGAUUUCUCCCUUAUGAGGAGGACCACCCCCUCACACUGCCAGCUCCU